AUGACACGAUCAGAGGUAGUCUCAGCGCAGUGCACACCAGUAGAAGUGCAGGGUGAUGCACCUGUCACUCGAGACAAAGCGAGGAUGUACGUCGAAGUUUCAGCCGCGAAAAAAGUAAAAACAAAUGUAGAUGCUCCGGUUUUGGUUAAGGGUGCUGGUCUGAAAACGACAAACCCAGACCCUAAAGUCAAAAUGAGUCAUCAGCCGAAACAUCGUGGUUUAGAGAAAAAGCUUCAGGUUGCUGAAUCAGGCUUACAAAAGAAACGAGCACAGAACGACCGCGCAGGCACACUCAAAUCCCUGGAAGUGCAGUUUCGCGAAGUACAGCAGUGCUGGGUGCCACGUUGUGAGUAUACCAUCGAAGGAAUUUUGGACGCUCGAUUGGCUGUGGCCAUAUUCAGUCCUGAGCAACCCGACCUGACCUGA